GAAAAGUUGAAAAGUCAGAUACUAGUUGGAUAAACAUAUUAGAAAACCUUGGAGGCGAGUUUUUUUCUCGGACUGACUGUGGGGUGAAGUCAUUUUGAGAAUCGUAGUUCCUCUUGCUUUAUUUUCCUCACCAGGGUCUCUCUCCUAAAUCGCGGAAAAGGAUUCAACAUCUUGUGCGCAAAUAAUCUUGCCGAGGCCGUAGAAAUAGUACAAUAUGCCAGUCGAGUUCGACAAAUGUUGUGGUUGCCAGCCGACCAGCGGGCUCUGCAAAGCCUGUUGCCCAGUGAUGGCUGUGUUUGCGUGGGAGGGAUGCUAUGCAUUGCAGAAUAAGUAUCGUACUAGUAUAAAGUGCAUUACAAGAAAUUGACUUAGCAUUACAAAUCAAAUUUGUAAUUCGGAUUGGCCUAAAAAACAAGAUUUGUAAUGCAUAAACGCAAAAAUUAGUACGAGCACGAUACUUUUGCACUGCAUAGAUGCGAUCGGAACACGAUUGUCCUGGCGGUGCUGAUUGAGUGGCUUGCCUUUCCCGUUAUUUACGGGUUCGUCUUCCCCUUCGCGCUUCUCGGUCCGACGUGUCUGGUGCUGGUCGUCGCGUCCUUGGUUUUCGUGCGGUAUUUCAUCUUAUCAAAUGCAAAUAUGUCUGGGUCUGGGAGAAUGCAAGUUUGUCAUGCGUGUCUCACAUGAUUCAGACAGACUCUGAAAUCUGUGUUGCGUGGGCAGCAGUAGAGCCUUUUCUCUGUCAUGCAAAAACGCAGUUUACCAUGCGGAAAACGAAUUACAUAGCCGCUCAAAAACUUGCCAUGCUUGGCUACGUAUUGCAGUGCGCCCACCAUUCCCAGACUUGCAUCACAAGUUUCCAGACCAAGACGUAUUUGCAAUGCAUACAUCUUCCUCCUGUUUUGGCAACCGAACGAAUCCCAAAAGCGUUUCCGGAGUGUGAUAUCAAAAUGAACAAUCUCCCGCCCUCCCCUUAUCAAAACGAAGUUUGUGAUGCUGGAUUUGCGUACACAAAUCGGAUUUGUCUUGCUGGAGACGAGGACUGCAGGCCUAUAUCAAGCCUGAGAACAGAGGUUUUGGCCUAGGCGCUUAGCAUGAGAAACGUCUGCGCUGUAGGCCUAAUAGCAUCACAAGCUGCCUGCAUAAUGCGGCGGAGCCUGCGGAGUUGCCUUCUUGCAAGACAGAGAUGAUUUGUGGUCGCAAAUCAGCAUUGCAAAUUUUCUGCGGCGUACCUUUUCGAUAUUGGGAGGGGGGAUUUUUCCUCGCGAUAUGUGACGGAGGAACUGGAGUGCUGCUGCAGCAGCUGCUGCCGCUAUCACCCGCUGGACCGCUGUUGUCACUGUCUGUUUCCCCUCUGCGCCGUCUACGCGUGGCAGGGAUGCUCGAACGCUGUGGACAUCUUGAUCGUGAUUCUGAUGGAGUUUUUCUGCUGCGGCUGCUGCUACACACUCUUUUGCUGGAAACCUAUCCCAUUUCUGCAAUAAAAGUAUUGUAUGCAAGUUGUCAUUGUCUUGUACUACGGGAAUCUACAUGGCAAAUUUAGUUUUCAAAGAUAAAAAGAAGUUGUCAUGCAAUUUGUACUGGUACAGCUACAGCUACAGUUCAAUACUUCUCCAAAAAUGGAUAAUCCCAGCGGAGGAACAGUUUGUCUGGGAUGUCACGCACCUGAUCGGCGCACCGCUUGCCGCAGCCACGAUCACGUCCCACCAUGAUGCCGCGUCUGCACGAGAAGCCAUCGCGCGGGAGAGCGGCGAGGCGGAACAAUUCGGUUUGAACGAAGGAUACGAGCAGGCCACGAUCUCCAGCGGCUUCAGAUCUUCGGAUGGAUCAUCUGCACCGGUAUCCAACGAAAAAAGUGUUACAGUUACACAUUUGUAGUGAAUUCAGCAACACAAAUUUCUCUGCAUGAGAGAGAAAACUUGUAAUGCAGAAAUCCUACGGGAAAACGCCUAUGAAACGAGGCUCCUAUGCAUAUCCGGCAUGACAGAGCUUGCCUGUCUUGCUUGGCCUGCAACGCAAUGUGUAACUGUAACACUUUUUUCUUGCGAUAACCGGGGAAUAAAACCUACUACUACAACGAUGCGAACUUGGACGGUUUUGAGGAUGAGGAGGAGGAAGUGCACAUCGUCCAUCGCAACGCGUUUGCGCACAAGACGAAGGGCUGCAGUUCGUCGAACAAGGGAAAAGUUGAGCCGGCGGACUUUUUCGAGGACAAUGAGGAGGGUCACGACGAGUACGAGCGCUUUUUUAAGGACUGAGUUACUUACUUCGUCAUGCAUUUCUUGGAGGAGGAGGUCCUCCUGUUUUAUUUCUUGUGUUAAAUAAGUAGUAGAAAGAUACUCUGCUUCAUUUGAUAGUACACGCCUGAUACGCAAAGAGGGUCAUUCGAUUGCGACUACACCAUCUAUCAUAUCAAUUGCACGGAGCUGUGUGAGUUUAUUGAGACAAUUCAAUUUCAUUCAGAGAAUCGAUAGUGUUUCCAAAAUUUGCAGAACGGGUUUUUAUUUACGGAAGCAUUCAUACAUGACAUCGGCGGCUUUAUGUUGUCACCACGACCUUAUUCUGUAAAAUUAAAUUUGACCACAACCACUGAUCAUAGAUACUUUUCCAUUGAAGUUCUACUUGCUCUUUCGAGGCCCGUUCUUGACACAUUGCCAUUAGCCUGAAAAAAGACAAGACAGAGACGCUACGAAGAAGUUUUGCUUGGAAUGAAGAUCCCACAUGAUGUGAACGUCUAAACAUUGCACACAAACUGUUGGUGAAAUUGGAAAUUUGUCGAAAUGAAUCGAU